AUGCUCAACAACUGGCCGAGGAUGCUCCUUUUCGCCUGGGACAGCAUGGUGAGACCUUUAUUUUGAGCGUGUGAGCUCGAAAAUCUUAAAAUCUAGUUUUUCUUUCGUCACAUAGUUCGUUCAUUAGGGUUUUUAUUUAUCUUGAAGGACACUUUCAAAGGCUAUUUGAAUUGCGACGGACCAAAAACGACUUGCGCAAGGCGCCAUAGACGACCUUUAUUUCAACUAUGAUCAAGCCGCAACGCGACCGCGUCGUUUCGAACCAUUCCAAGUGUGAUCAAAAAAAUGCGCCCUUGGAAUGGCUUAAAGCAUUUUUCAGUGCGCGACCGACCAAAAACGACUUGCGCGCAGUGGCAUCAAAAACGGCUUUUCAAAUUUCUCAAGCCUUAACGAGGCCGCGUCGUUUCGAGCCAUUGCAAAUUCAUGAAAAACAUCUUUUCGAAUGGCUUGACGAAUUUUUUCACUGCGCGACCGACCAAAAACGACUUGCGCGCAGUGGCAUCAAAAUUUUGGCUGAGCUGCGUUUAAAGUUUGAGAAAACCUUGUUAUACUAUACAGCGAUCAGCAGUAAAGUUUCCAGACGUUCAAGACUUUUAGAGUGCUUUAAUAAAGUUUGGUCGCACUUGGAAUGGCUCGAAGCGUCGCGGUCGUGUUGCGGUCGCGUUGCGGCUGGAAUUGGCUCUAUUUUGAGCCGGCAUGCAGUAGCUUGUCCUCGAGCGCAAGUAGUUUUUGAUCGGUUGAAUCUAAAAAAAAUCCGCGUCGCUGCCGCAACGCUCAGAGCCAUUCCAAAUGCGACCAAAUCAAAAAAUGGGAUAGAAUAUAUCAAAACCGACUUUUUUCGAAAAAAAAAAUUUUUAGCUCAACCCCCACGUGGCAACGUUGAACAUGAGCGUCAGAGCCGUUCAUUUGGACCAGUUCCAACUUUGGAAUACGGUAGAACAGAUGAGAAAUUCGACGAGGAAGUCGCCGACGACCUUCUCCGUCUGUGAAGACGUUCAAGUCUUGAAGACCUCUUCUGCUUCUUCUUCCUAUUCCUGGGAGCUCAUUAGGUUCAUUUUUUGAAAAAAUUGAAGGAAAUUAGAAAUUCAGGGACGGCAAGUCGGAGCACUCCGCAACAACACAGAACUGCUCGUGGGACUUUUCGAUACCUGAGCAGGUGUGAAAACGGCUAAAAUGAAAAGGCGGGGGGUGGACACGAACCUGCGACCCUUCGAGUUACAGUCCCGGGAGCUGAAAUGACUUUAUAUGGGAAUUAAUGAAUAAAUUACGAUUUUUAGGCGUUUUUUUUUCAAAGAUUUGGGUUGAAAGGGGUCUUCAAAAUUUCUGAAAAACUUUUUAAAUUUUUUGAAAUUGCUUUUGAAGCUCUUGGAAGUCAUUUUUCAGCGUUCUGACCCUUUUGAAUACAUUUUCAGCGCCCUAGAGCUUUUAAUAACCGUCCAAAAGCUUCAAAAGCUCUUUCUAUCUCAAUAAGAAAUAUAUUUGCGUAAGUAGCUUCAAAGUCCGGCGCAGAAGGGCAUUCCAUGCCAAUAAAGAAGUAUUGUUCAUGGGACUUUUCGAUACCUGAGCAAAAAUGGCAAAAAUGAAAUGGCGUGGGCAGGAGGCGAACCUGCGACCCUUCAAGACAUUCCUAAGAUUAUCGCAAGUUCUUAUGACGCUUUGAAGCACUCUGGCGCUUUUGAAGACUCUCUGAAACCUUCAAUAACUUUCCUAACCCGAUGAGAGCCAUAUGUGCGGAAGUAGCUUCAAAGUCGGGCGCAGUAUCUCAAGCCAUUUCAAGUCCUGCGAUUCAAGUAAUUUUGAUUUAAGUGUGAGAAAGCAAUUCCCAGUGCGGUCAUCCAUAACCUCAAAACCCUAUUCCAGGUCCCCUACGACGUCUACCUCAAGGUCAAAGUCAAUUCCACCGUAAGAUUCGUCUCGAAACGCUCGGUUCAUCUGGAGCGACGCUUCUGGAUGGCCGCCGUCGGCGACUCCUUCUCUUCCGGUCAGGGGAAUCCAGACGUGCCGACGUCUUCAGAAGCUCCCGCAAAAUGGAUGAAUGGUGAUUUUUUCUGCUCUGUUGCUCUGAACUUUGAAAACCUGGGCGGCCCUUUGAAGUUUGGCGGCGAGUCUUUUGAUGUUCGCCGACAGACGUUGAAAAAAUGCGGGGUUUUUGAAAAUAAUGUUUGGUGUUAUAAAUAGCGUCUUGUAUUUGAGUUCGGGAGCUGAUUCAAAAAAUUAGGGAUCCUUAAGCUUCCCCUUCAGGGACCACUUCAUCUCCCCAAAGAAGUGGCCCCUAUAGGGAAGCAUUCUAGUCGUUUUCUGAUAUGAACACACAGCCUGACAAAAAAAAGUCAAAAAAUCCUUUAAGGGACCACUGGAGCUUCAGGAGCUUCGGAGUCCGACCCUAAACCCUAUAGGGACCACUUCUUUGUCCCCUGUAGAGGCUGCUUUUUCCCUAUAGGGUCCCCUCUGGCGUUAUAUCUUCCUCAAUUUCAAAAUGACAAUUUUUCCUUUUUCCAUGUUCAUUUGGCAUAGUUGGGCGGAGCCAAGUCAUUUUUUCGAUUAUUAUGACGUCAUAAAAAGUCAAGAGCCAAUUAUGACGUCAUCAGCAAAAAAAAAAAUAACCUUUAUCCCUAUAGGAGCCCCUCUGGCAUUAUUAUAUAAAGAGCCAAUUAUGACGUCAUAAAAAAGAAAAGUCUGACCUGUCUGCGCCCUCUUCUCCCUCGUCGGUUAUACCACGCCUGACUUUUUUGAAAAAUACUUCAUACCAGAUCCUCAGAAUAAUUAAAAAAUGACGUCAUUCUUUUUCAGAAUCCUGCCAUCGUUCCACGAAAUCCUUCGCCGUCAGGGCUUUCAGGACCCGAGAACUUCGUCAUCCUCUCCAGUCCCACUUCCUGACCUUCCUCUCGUGUUCUGGAGCUUCCGUCGAUCGCGGGAUUCUCGGCGGCACGUCUUCUGACGGCCAGUUAGAAGUCGUCGAGAAGAUGGCCAAGGAGAGGUUGGAGAAGUCAGAAGACGUUAAAAAUCUUUCGAUUCAGGGGUUCUCCUCCUGACGUCCUUCUGAUGACGUUGGGCGGAAACGACAUCGGAUUCACCGACGUCGUCAAUUCGCUCCACAAUGGAGAUUCUCCGAUGCGCGGGGGUCCUAUCGAUAUGAGGUGGAUCAAUGGUGCAUUAAUAUAAUGACGUCAUAGCUUCCAGAUUCUUCUACACCGCCCAUCAGUUGGACCUCGUCGCAGCCAAGAUCAACGCCAUCGGAAUUCAGAAGGUCGUCGUCGUGCCUUAUUAUGACGUCACUCGGAAUGAUCGUGGAGAGGUCGACGCUUCUUGUUUUGAUAAUGUAAGUCUGUUAAAAGAAAAAAAACGAAGGAAGAAUACAGAGGAGAGAGAGAAGAGACGCCAGAGAAAGAAAGGAGUCUCAUUUCUCUGGCGUCUCUUCAGGCCGGCGUAGUUCUAUCAUAGAGCGGAUUCACGGCUCUCUUGAGCCUUCUAAAAAAAGGGCCCUGAGACGAUCAAAAAGAAGAGAGUGUCUCAUUAGUGAUGAGCGCAGAAUCCUGGAGUAUAAAAUGACGUCAUUUAUCAAAGGCAUCACUCAGAUCUCCACUGCCAGCAUGGUCCUGACCGAAAAACGCGUCUGGAAACGUCUAAACGCCCUCAUCGCCAACAAGGCCAAGCAGUACGGCUGGACCUUCGUCGAAGGCAUUUCUGAGCUCUUCCGAACGCGUGGGAUUUGCUCGAAAUCUUCGUUGAUUAGGUAAAACUAACUUUUUCAAAAAUUCUCAACCCUUCAACUUUCCAGAACCGCCAACGAUUCGAUGAAAAUCCAAGGCGAUCCCUUCGGAAGUUGGCAUCCAAACGAAGAAGCACACUUGCUGAUUUCGCGACUGGUUUCGGCCCUCCUGUAA